AGCGUCCCCCAUCGACGUACACCACCUUCAUCUGCCUCAGCAGCCCCUCAUCGACCAACACUCUCACGCACGACCUCUCGACGCCAUGCAUACCAGCGAGUACGACUAUCUCUUCAAGCUCCUCCUUAUUGGCGAUUCUGGUGUCGGCAAGUCUUGUCUCUUGCUGCGUUUCGCCGACGACACAUACACCGAGAGCUACAUCAGUACGAUUGGUGUUGAUUUCAAGAUCCGAACCAUUGAACUAGAGGGCAAGACUGUUAAGCUUCAGAUUUGGGAUACUGCUGGUCAGGAGCGAUUCCGCACGAUUACUUCCUCAUACUACCGUGGCGCACACGGUAUCAUCGUUGUUUACGACGUGACCGAUAACGACACCUUUACGAAUGUCAAGCAGUGGCUGCAGGAGAUUGAUCGUUAUGCGUCUGAGGGUGUCAACAAGCUGCUGGUGGGCAACAAGUCGGAUUUGACGAGCAAGAAGGUGGUGGAAUACAGUGCCGCUAAGGAAUUCGCGGACCAGCUGAACAUACCAUUCCUCGAGACAUCGGCGAAGAACGCCACAAAUGUCGAGCAAGCGUUCUUAACUAUGGCGAAGCAGAUCAAGGACCGCAUGGGUUCUAGCUCAUCGAACGUCGGCGGAACUGGGAAGUCAUCGACCAUUACGCCAGGCCAGACGGUAUCGCAGGCGACAUCUGGUGGUUGCUGCUGAGCGUGUCUCCCGUUGAUGCUACCAUUCGGCCAUUUCGGCCACUUCUGCCUGAUCGGGAGCGGUGGUGUGGUGAUGAGAUGGUGGUCGUAGAGUUUUGAUUGUCUUUUGCUACAUUAUCUAUGCUUACAGCGCCGGAGUCGUGGUGUUGUCGGACUUUUGUCUUUCUCGCUGAUUACCAUGUUGCCUGUUCCCGUUACCAUAGUGCUGCUGGUCUUCAGCUCUUCUCUUUUCUCUCUGGCACUGUUGGCGGUACUCUGUCUGUGUUAAUACAUCCAUUGCACUAUGUUCCUGCAAAUGCGUGUGUGUCCGAGCGCGGGUACAUGACUUCGUAGCAACUCUGUCAUCCAUUAAUCUCCACCUGAAAAAGCUUUUGGGGACUAUCACGAUGAACUAAUGG